CUGUAUCAGUACUGUGUGAUCAAAUCUAACCCGUCAGUGUGUGCUGUCCCGUGUGUCUUACAGAAAGCCUACUGUGGCCACUGUGCUGAAAGGAUAUGGGGGCUGGGCAGGCAGGGCUACAAGUGUAUCAACUGCAAACUGCUGGUCCAUAAGCGCUGUCACAGACUCAUCCCUCAGACCUGCCAAAGGCUUAUGGAUCCAGUCAUGCCAUCACAGGAGCCCCCUUCAGAUGCCAAGAGUGAAGAAGUGGACCUUCCACCAGAGGACACAGAUGGAAUACCUUUUCUACCACACAACUGUACAGUAGAUAAAACGGAGGAUGCAGAUACAGAGGACAUCAAAGCAGUAGUGGACGGCAUCGAUGGCAUCAAGCUGUCCCAGGGCCUGGCUCUCGGGCUGGGUGACUUCGACCUGAUCCGAGUGAUCGGGCGCGGCAGCUAUGCCAAGGUCCUGCUGGUCCGGCUAAAGAAGAACAAGCAGGUGUACGCCAUGAAGGUGGUGAAGAAGGAGCUGGUCCACGAUGACGAGGAUAUCGACUGGGUGCAGACGGAGAAGCACGUGUUCGAGCAGGCGUCCACCAAUCCAUUCUUAGUUGGGCUCCACUCCUGUUUCCAGACAGAAAGUCGGUUAUUUCUGGUGAUUGAAUAUGUGAAAGGCGGGGACUUGAUGUUUCAUAUGCAACGACAAAGGAAGCUGCCUGAAGAGCAUGCAAGAUUUUAUGCUGCUGAAAUCUGUAUCGCUCUGAACUUCCUGCAUGAAAAGGGCAUCAUUUACCGAGACCUGAAGCUGGACAACGUUCUCUUGGAUCACGAGGGACACAUCAAGCUCACAGACUACGGCAUGUGCAAGGAGGGGAUUAGACCAGGUGACACCACUAGUACCUUCUGUGGAACACCCAACUACAUUGCACCCGAGAUUCUCAGAGGAGAGGACUACGGCUUCAGUGUGGACUGGUGGGCUCUGGGCGUGCUGAUGUUUGAGAUGAUGGCUGGGAGGUCCCCAUUCGACAUUAUCACCGACAAUCCCGACAUGAACACAGAGGAGUACCUCUUUCAAGUUAUUCUUGAGAAGCCCAUUCGCAUCCCAAGGUCUCUGUCGGUGAAAGCUGCCAGCGUGCUCAAGGGCUUUCUCAACAAGGAUCCCAAGGAGCGGCUGGGAUGCCAGGUCCAGACGGGCUUCACAGAUAUCAAGGCACACACAUUUUUCCGCAGUAUAGACUGGGACCAGCUGGAGAAGAAAGAGAUGACGCCGCCCUUCAAACCUCAGAUCACUGAUGACUACGGCCUCGAAAACUUUGACACGCAGUUUACGAAUGAACCAGUGCAGCUAACACCAGACGAUGCGGACGUCAUCAAGAGAAUAGACCAGUCAGAGUUUGAGGGAUUUGAAUACAUCAACCCCCUGCUGCUAUCCACAGAAGAGUCUGUAUGAAGGGGAGACCAGCUUCCUCCUUCGCCCACCUACUGUCUGUCCAAGCUGCCGUCUCAGCCAAAAAACACUCGCAAGCCAACUCUGAAAGGCGAGGAGGAGGAGGAGGAGGAGGAAGAGUAAAGGACCACAGGGAGGAGGACCUCAACCUCUGGACCUUGUCAACGAGGCAGAGCAAACUGGAGAACGGGAAAGGUUCCUUCUGGACCAUUCAGAUUGUUUUGUUGGAAUACCAAACUCGUCUUUUCUUGGCAUCUACAAGGAAAACAAAGACUUCAAGAACAUUCCCUGACCUUCCGUUUUCUUCCCCUCAUCUGUUCUUUUUCUCCCGCCGCUUCAUUGCGUCCUCUCUGAAUGUCCAUCCUCAUGUCAAAGCUUCAUGAUUUGAACAGUCGUUCAUUCCGUGCCUGCCGUCAUGAACACAUCUCAACCCGUCGCACAUCCCUGGAGAAAUAUGACAGUUCUGCUGAAGAGCUUGAAAUUUUACAUGCACUUUUUGUCUUUAGUUUCAUUUAUCUUUCAUUCUAUCUUUAGGGGGGGGGGGGGCACGACGCCUCUCACAAAACAAGAAUGUACAAUGACAAAGGAAAACACAUUAAGUUAUUGUGUAUUAUAAUGUAGGUAGUGAUGCCUUUUUAUUGAUGCAAGUGGCACAUUUCCAUCCUAAACACAACCUUCUUUUUCUUAUCUUGUAGGAUUUUCACUAAUGGGGGGGGGUGUUGAUUACUUUUUAUUUAAGAAGUGCCUCAAAGAUCAUACUGAUUACCAUGGCUCUGAUUGCACUUAUGUCUUCUAGAACAUUUCCUGACCCAUCCCGGCUCCAGUAAAGACCAGCUGACACCACGGCUGACUCUGAGCAGGGUUGGUCCAGACCAUUCACAUUAUUAGUGGGAUCUCAUCUUUUGGAGCACAGUUGCCUCAGUCCUGAAACAUGACUGGAUCUUUAAAUUUUUUAUGGAUCAAUUCAGAUAAUCGUUGUAGAACAGUUUAUUUAAACCAAGCUAACAUCACAUUUGACCACAGCUGGUGGCAGUAGGAGAUAACGCCCGAUGUGGCGAUGUUUUCCCAACGCCAUGAUCAUUUAGAAAUGUCACAGAUGGGAGUCGUCCAUACAGUCCCGUAUCGGUAUAAAGGUGUACACGGGCCACGGCCAAUCCCAGCCUGGCAGCUUCAGAAACACAUUAAAUGAGGACGUCGGCUUCAGCCUCCACAGUGUGUACAGGCUUGCUGGCCGAGCUCAGAUUCUUCUACACCAGCUGCCACUGCGGGACCAUCUGCAGCCGGUUGGAAAUGUCAUGUGACUGGUGGGUCGUGCUGUCUUGUGGAAAUGUGUCUCCAUUUCCAUUUUUGGGCUCAUUGUGUGUUUCCAUCCCCGCACCAAGGCUGGCUUCACAUGGUGCUACUACAGCUCUACCUAGACUUAUUGCAGUCAAUGUAUUCUUAACAGUUUUAUUUCUAAAGGGAAUAAAAGGUCUUUAGAAAUGCCGUCGUGUUUGUUGGACAGCUGAGCCGACAGGAGCAAAGACAUCGUAAACUCACUGUCACUGGUGACUGUAGAGUACAGCACAACGGACAGACAGCGGUGUGUUAGCAGCAGUGUUGAGUUCUACAAGCAUCAGGAAACCAAAAGAUAUCAAACAUGUUAUUUCUGACAUAAAAGCACAGGACAUGUCAACUGCAGAUAUUCAGUUUGAUUUGAGGAAUCCACUUCAGUCACAUGUCUCCUUUGUUCUAUUGUUUGGUCAUAUGGAGAGGAAUACGAUGUUUCUCUUCUUAUUUUAAUGCUUUAACUUCAAACAUUUUAGUUUGUUGGUAUUUUUCUUCACUUCAAAUUGAAGUUUGCAUUCCACGUAGUCCUCAAACUAUAGGAACACUAACUUGUGAUGGGACUUUGUCAUCAUUUUAAGACAUUAUUUAAGAAUUGAAUCACUCAAAACAUUUGGGAGCUUAUGGAUCGGUUAUUGUGAAUAACAGCUGUAGUUCUGUCACCUCCCACACAUCGUUAAUGUGACCCGUUAGCUUUUUAGAAUAGCUGUGGAUGAUUAAUAAAAGUCUACUAUAUCUGAAAACAGAUAAGCUCAGAUUGUUCCUAGAAGUCUCUCACAACAUUCUGUAAAAAGUUGAUCCGGUCUGUCCGUCCACAUCGUGCCAUGAGGCUGAGCAUCUUCCUGUACUCUACCACAACAAACUGUGAAACACCGGCACUCCUCUUUACAACUCAUGCACAUUUCCAUCGUUGUCUCCUAGCAACAAGUCACAUGACGCAUUAACAAGCAGCGCAGAUCACAUGAAGGGUAAAGAAAAAGCUUUUAUUUCUCUCCGAUGUGUUGCGAGACACUUUUUGGAAUAUUUCAUGUUGCGUUUUCAAGGACAAACGCAUUCAAACACAGCAUGUCACCAUUCAAUGAUAAAUAACAUAUACCAUACAUCAAAUAAACAACGCAGAAUUUAAAAAACAAAACAAAUGACAUGACAUCACUAAACAUCUCGUACCACGGGUCAUAUUCAAGCACAGCCCAUACACAGCUAACCAGAGAGCGCGUGGUGCCGUGGAACAGUUAACGUCUCUUCUCUAGAGGUACACAACUAUGAACUUCAGAGGGACACAUUCAAAUAGAGAGAAUUGAAUUUGAAUGCAUUACAUUGUUUUAGCGAUGGCCAGCGGUCUGAUUGUGUGGCUAUUUUUAAGGUUUGAUUUAUUAAAGUUACCAAAAAACAAAUCUCCGGUUCCAGUAGAAAGACAACCCCACGAGUUGGCUGUCACAUCACCUCUGUAGUGGAGGGUAACAUGGGCCACAAAGGGGUGAAAUAUUGGAGUUGUAUUGAUAUGGAGUGAUAUAGAGCUUUAACAUAGAGGGAACACCAUUUCUGUCCCAUAGUUAACCAUUCAGAGUUAUUCAUCUGGAGUAUUGUGUUGUUCUGGAGCUCCGGGUGACCCAACACAGGGGGUCAGCUCAGUGCUGCACUGUUGAAAUGAGCUCAUCUGUAUACAGUUAGCUUUUAGUGUAACUUCAUAUACACAGCAAGCAACACAGUGGUGAGGCCGGAAUCAGAUCUGUUGAUAUGAACUAGGAGCACGGAUUAGAGUCCCCGACACAAAGAGCUCUGUGCUGGUCUGAGGCGAGGAGCUCUCCAUUGGCUGAGAUGGAGCUGAUGGAAUCUGACCCGUGCUAAUUUGAUAACCUCAUAACAGGAUUAAUUAGCUGAUCCUGAGUCAAAUGGUCUCAAUUAGCCGUAGGGCCUUUACAGGCAGAGGAGAAACAGAUAGAGAUAAUGAAACAGUUUCAUAGUCACCGAUUAGUCCCCCCGUCCCCCCCACACCACACCACACACACUUCAGGAAGCUAGAAAUCACUUCAACAGUUGAGGCUUCCUCCUCCAACCCCCCAAACUCCAUCUCAUUUGCUGCAUUUUAUGAGAGUUUAUGAUUUGUUGAUCUAUUUGCACAUUGUUUUUUUUCUUGAGGGACCAAUGGAUGAACCACUUUACAGAACAGUGAAGGCGCCUCAAACGUCUAAGAGAAAGAGAAUCUUUAUCUCUAAAUGAAGUCGCUCCAUGAUUUUUGUUCUAAAAUAAUGCUGGUUGGAUAUGCUUCAUUUUGCUUCACCGCAUCUUUGUAAAUAUGUGUAAUUAUUAAAAAUGAUACUGGUUUUCCGUGAAA